CGGCACUUGUUCGUCCCUAAAACGCAACUCCAAAGGCCAACAACACUAUGACCCUCUCACUCUCAGUCUCACUAACUCCCUUCACUUAGUUAAAACUCAAAACACUUUGUUUUUUCACUUUCAGUUCCCCCACGCGCCACCACCACCACCCAUGGGUUGCACGGCGUCGAAGCUGGAAAACGAGGACACGGUGCGGCGGUGCAAGGAGCGGCGCCGCCUCAUGAAGGAGGCGGUCUACGCGCGCCACCACCUCGCUGCUGCCCACUCCGACUACUGCCGGUCCCUCCGCCUCACCGGCUCCGCCCUCUCCACCUUCUCCGCCGGCGAACCCCUCUCCGUCUCCGACCACACUCCCGCCGUCUUCCUCAACAACUCCCAACACCACCCCCCACCCCCCCAACACCAGCCUUCUCCGUCUCCUUCUCCUCCACCACCACCGUUGUUCAACCCUUCACCUUCUCCUCCGCCACCGCCAAAACUCGCCACCACCAACCCCCGCCGCCGCAAACCGCCGCCGCCGAAGCUCCCGCACAUCCUCUCCGACUCAAGCCCCUCCUCCACCCCAAGAAGCCACGUGUCAAAUUUUCCUUCAAGCUUCUUCCCCACCGCACAUUCCACCUACUCCUCCACCCCUUCCCAAACCUCCUCCGUUUGGAACUGGGAAAAUUUCUACCCUCCUCCACCCCCUCCCGCUUCCGAUUACUUCCCCGAACAACCACAAAAAUUCUCACACACGCAAACUCAAACACCUUCUCACUACUCUCACAAAACUCAAACACCUUCGCACUACUCUCACAAGACACAACAACGCACCAAUCCCCAAAUCCACGACACCGAUUCCGAGAGAUCUGAAUACGAUUUCUUCGACGGAAAACUCGAGACCGAGAAUGAGAAAACUGAUUCUCAUCAUCUUCCAGAGGAGUAUACUGAAACUGAGAGGGAAGAGGUUCAGUGUAGUGAGUGGGGGGAUCAUUACAGUACCACGAGUUCCUCUGAUGAUGAUGGGGUGGAGGGGGAUGUGGAAUCGCGCUCCGAGAUCGGAACCCGGUCGAAUUUCGGGUCGUCGGUGCGGGCAGAGUCGGUGGUUGGCGUUGGCGGUGGCGGUGGCGCGAAGCGAUUCGAUGCGGCGUCGUCGGUGGCGGCGGCGGAGAUGAAGAUGGUGGUGAGACAUAGGGACUUGAGGGAAAUCGUGGAGGCUAUUAAGGAGAAUUUCGAUAACGCGGCUUCCGCUGGGGAUCAGGUUUCUGAGAUGCUUGAGAUCAGUAGGGCGCAGCUUGAUCGGAGCUUCAAGCAAUUGAGGAAAACUGUGUAUCACUCGAGUAGCAUAUUGAGCAACUUAAGCUCGAGUUGGACCUCGAAACCGCCGCUGGCGGUUAAGUACCGGCUCGACACCGGUUCGCUGGAUGAACCGGGCGGUCCAAAGAGUCUCUGCUCCACUUUGGAACGCCUUUUGGCGUGGGAGAAGAAGCUCUACGAGGAGGUUAAGGCUAGAGAAGGUGUGAAGAUUGAACAUGAAAAGAAAUUAUCAGCGCUGCAGACUCAGGAAUACAAAGGAGAGGAUGAAGCUAAGAUAUUCAAAACCAAGGCUUCCAUAAAUAGGCUGCAGUCACUAAUAGCUGUUACAUCUCAGGCUGUGUCUACCACCUCAACUGCCACUAUUGGCCUUAGGGACUCUGAUCUUGUCCCUCAGCUUGUUGAUCUCAUUCAUGGAUUCAUGUACAUGUGGAGAUCAAUGCACCACUACCAUGAAAUUCAAAGCAAUAUAGUGCAGCAAGUCCGUGGCCUUGUGAACAGAUCAUCAAGAGGUGACUCCACUUCUGAACUCCACAGGCAGGCAACUCGGGACCUUGAAUCAGCUGUGUCAGCUUGGCACUCCAGUUUUUGUCGCCUUAUAAAAUUUCAGCGUGAUUUCAUCCUGUCCUUGCAUGGCUGGUUCAAGCUCAGCCUUGUUCCAGUCCACAAUGAUAACAUCAACAGUAGGGAAACCUCUGAUACAUACCAAUUUUUCGAUGAAUGGAAACUUGCACUUGACCGUGUCCCUGACACUGUUGCAUCUGAAGCCAUCAAGAGCUUUAUCAAUGUUGUCCACGUGAUAUCUUCCAAGCAAGUGGAAGAGCUGAAGAUCAAAAAACGAACCGAGACUGCAUCCAAGGAACUUGAGAAAAAGGCUUCCUCUCUGAGAAACCUUGAGAGGAAGUUCUACAGCUCAUAUUCUAUGGUAGGCAUUAGCCUUCCUGAUUCUGCACCUGACAAUGGACAAGUUUUGGAUGCACGCGACCCACUUGCUGAGAAAAAACUGGAACUGGCAACCUGCCAAAGGCGUGUUGAAGAUGAAAUGCUGAGGCAUUCAAAAGCUGUGGAGGUAACAAGAGCCAUGACCCUCAACAAUUUGCAAACGGGCUUGCCUGGAGUGUUUCAGGCACUGACCAGUUUCUCUUCCUUGUUCACAGAGGCUCUUGAAUCAGUGUGUACCCGUUCAUAUGCCAUCAAGUAGGUGAGGUAAUUCAUUUGUUCUGCAUGGGAUCUAAGUUCUUCAUAAGGGCUGGGGGAUUUUUUGGCGGCAAGCUCUUAUUGCUCUCACUAUUUUGAGUUAUAUUUUGAAAUGUAAAUAUGAAGAAUUUUGGGGUUCCACCUAUUUUGAUGGAAAAGGGAAUUUUCUUAUUGUACAGGGAAAUUUCUUGGUUUAUUGUAUCAGAGGAUUGCAAUUUUUAGUAUAUCAAUAAAUUAUACGCAUUGUGCUUUCAUGUUCCA